AGUUCAUUGGCUGCGGAACUUAAGACCAGAGGGGCGCUUGGCCCUUACAGGCUGGCACUAGCACCCCAGCCCCCUUCUGGUAAGGAAGGAGCACACGUCCGCGUUCUGAGAACAGGAGAUUGAAUUAGCUCUCAAGAAUGGGAAGAACCUACAUUGUAGAGGAGACUGUUGGCCAGUAUCUUUCAAACAUCAAUCUCCAAGGAAAGGAUUUUAUCUCUGGCCUUUUAAUAGGACAGUGUUCUUCACAAAAGGAUUAUGUAAUUCUUGCCACUAGAACACCGCCCAAAGAGGAACAAAAUGAGAACCUCAAGCAUCUGAAAGCUAAGUUGAAUAAUGUGGAUGAAGAAUGGGCCACAGAACAUGCCAGCCAGGUAUCCAGAAUGCUACCUGGGGGACUUUUAGUUCUUGGAGUAUUUAUUAUUACAACUUUAGAACUGGCAAAUGAUUUUCAAAAUUCUCUGCGCAGAUUAAUAUUUGCUGUGGAAAAAUCUUUGAAUAGAAAAAGACUCUGGAAUUUCACAGAGGAGGAGGUCUCAGAACGAGUGGUACUUCACAUUUGCUCUUCUACAAAAAAACUAUCUUGUCGAACUUAUGAUGUCCAUGAUCCAAAGAGUUCACCAAGACCAGCAGAUUGGAAGUAUCAAAAUGGACUGUCUACCUCAUGGCUUUCUUUAGAGUGUACUGUUCAUAUUAAUAUUCACAUCCCACUUUCUACAACCUCUGUCACCUAUACUCUGGAGAAAAAUACGAAGAAUGGACUUGCACGCUGGGCCAAGCAAGUAGAAAACGGUGUUUAUUUGAUUAAUGGACAAGUUAAAGAUGGAGAUUGUGAUCUAUUAGAAGGACAGAAAAAGUCUUCUAGAGGAAAUACUCAAGGAACCAGUCAUUCUUUUGAUGUCCGACUGCUAACACAGUUGCUCCUGAAUUCAGACCACAGAUCCACAGCCACAGUCCAGACCUGCAGUGGUUCUGUGAACCUCAAGGGUGCUGUAAAAUGCAGAGCUUACAUUCACAGCAGCAGGCCCAAGGUCAAGGAUGCUCUGCAGGCAAUGAAGAGAGAUAUAUUAAACACAGUUGCUGAUCGUUGUGAAAUACUAUUUGAGGAUCUACUUUUGAAUGAAAUUCCAGAAAAAAAAGAUUCUGAAAAGGAGUUCCACAUACUCCCUCACCGAGUUUUUGUCCCCAUUCCUGGAUCUGCUGUAAAGUUGUGUGAUUAUAAAUUUGGUGAUGAAUCAGCUGAAGAAAUCAGAGACCAUUUUAUGGAGAUGUUAGAUCAUGUGAUUCAAAUAGAAGAUUUGGAAAUUGUAGAGGAAAUAAACACAGCUUGUAUGAGUUCCUCUGUGAACAGUGAAGCUUCAUUGGACAGCACAGGUGAUGAACAACCACAGCAACCAAUUAAAACUCCAAUAGUUCUGAAAAUUCAGCAAAACAUAGGUGUGAUUGCAGCAUUUGCAGUUGCAGUCCUUGCUGCAGGUAUCUCCUUCCACUACUUCAGUGAUUAGGAUGAGGCACAAAGAUCUUCCUGAUCAUCCAGAGAACAGUGAUCAAUACCUGUGAAUAACAAAGAUGUAAGCAAUCAUCUGCAUUUAAGAUAGUAGCAGCCAUAACUGCUGCCAUAUGCGUGUUUAGUUGUUUCUAACUAACAUGAAAUCACCAGCUGCCUUGUUUAGCUCUGAUUAUAUUGUAGGUGACCAGGUUUCCAAAAAUAAAGUUUGCAUCUAGAUGGAAGUUGCAUGUAACAAAUCAUUAUUAUCUAUUUUUUCUAAGUCUUUAAAAGUGGGCUAUUACAGAUUUUGAUCCAUCAAUGUGGAUCACACAUUGAUCAGGACAUUAAAAACUUGAACAGCCAGUGUUGACUGCAGCAUCACAGCAGCAGACCAUUCGGAGAAGUUUCUGCCAAGUGGGGCAGUUCAUCCUCUGGGACAUCUCUGCUGCAUACUCGCUUUCAUCGUAGACUGUGUGAUCUGUUCUGAUCAAGGGCCAAGAAACCUUCCUGGAGAGGUUUGAACCAAUAAAGAAUGACAAACCAUGUGCUUUCUCAGGUUAAUGUAUCAUACUGUUUUAAUAUAUUAAAUACAACUUUUGCUUCCAGCACUGUGUUAAAGUAGAUACUGCAAAACAACUAGAUCCUGAAUAAAAUCUAUUUUUGAGUAGACUCAAAGGAAUUAGGAGAAAUCAUCAAGAACCAUACCUCUUUCUUUUUUCCCUCACAAAAAUAAAUACAUUUUAAGUUGGGAAUCAUGAACCCUAUUUUAAGCAUACACAUGGACUGUGAUUUUAUGGA